AUGUUUGAGGUGCCCGAAGCAAAGAGGAUUCGCCGAGAAGAUCUGAAUGGCUCAGAUGAUGUGGCAGAUCACGACAGUACUCAAUACGCCGAGUUGCGUGCAAAGCUGAACGCACAGAUGGCAAGGUCACUAGGAAUGGACAUGUACAUUGAGCCAAGCGUUCAUGAUUCCACGAAAGAUUCUCGUGCGCCAGAAAGCAACGAGAGCAAAGAGUCUGACGACGAUGACGAUAUGGUGGACGCGGCCGGUGAAGACCACGAGGAGGAAUUUGCCUUUCGCCUUUUCAGCAAAGCGCCACCAACACAAAAGAUCGUAUUGGAAGAGGAUACCGGGCCAACAGGUGUCGGAGCUUUCGUCGCUGGUCGGCCGCUCUCUUACUACGUGGUGACAAAAGUACCUGCACGACAGAAGCAAGAGUACGCCAUAGCUGCCAUGAGCGGGGAUCAGAUACUGGCGAAAUCAAACGACCGAGCCUGGGGUCUCGAGCUUCCAUGGAAGGUCACAAAUACCACAGUCACUCGAAAAGCCAGCCCGAGUGACAAGACAGAAGACGAAGUCGCAGAAGGGAGACGGAGACCAGGGAAGAAGCAGCGAAUAUCACUGAGGAAAAGGGCCAAGGCAAAGGAAGAGAAGGAAGCAGCUGAUGCGAAGAAAAUGGCUGAGAAGGAGGAGCAUGUAAAGGAUAAGAAGAAGAGAAUGAACCGGUUGAAGAAGCUGAGGAAGAAGGCGAAGGCGAAAGAGCAGAAGCAAACAUCCAAGGGUGAAGGUCAAAGUCCUGAUUCUGACGAUGAUUCAACGGGUUCUGAGUAG